AUGGGCUGCGUCUUCUCCAGACCAGAGUACGACAACAAUCCGAGGAUUUUUGACGUGUGGAACGUUGAUGGAGAUGGUCGGCAUUUGAAGCCGGGUUGGAUUGAGGUUACAGAUACGCAGCUUGUUCUGUACCAAAAAAGAAAUAUCAUCGUACGGUGGCCGCUCUGUGGAUUGAGAAGGUAUGGUUUCGAUUCUGAAGUCUUCUCGUUCGAAUGUGGCCGAAGGUGCCCCACUGGUCCCGGAGUCUAUGCUUUCAAGUGCCGUCGUGCUCAGGAACUCUUCACAAUCCUCCAGGAAAGUAUAAACAGCUGUCCAAUCACUCCUCAAGGACCUUUAGAAGACCAGGUCAGCUUAGCUGAGAGGAUCUCUCCUGGUGGACAUUUGCCCUAUCCCGCGCCAGUGGAUUCAUCCGGGUAUUUGGAGCCAAUACCGGCGACGCCUGUUGGAGUGCAUGAAUAUACAGUGCAAUAUAACUUGCCUGUAGCUUCCAGAGCGAAUGGCAUCUCCAGAAAUCCUACAGCCGGCUCUCCAGGUAGUUACGUGUGCAUUCAUUCAGGAUUGGCCAAUGGAGCAGCGAAUGUUAACUCCCCAGAAUGGCCUGGCAUGUCGACGUCUACUUUGUCCACUUGCUGCAAUACUCUCGGGUCUUGCGGUAGUAGAUCCAUUUCGCCCUCUGCCCAUAAUUACGUGAAUAAUGAGGUGGUAAUGCAGAACUGUACGAACGGCAUGUGCUUGACGCAUCACCACCAUGAAUACAUGAACGCCAACGUCGUUGAUCAUCAGCACAGAUGCUGUUCGGUGCCAAGGUGUGGAGAGAACACCUACGUCAACAGCCCAAUGGUUGCCUUGAGUCCAGGACACUUAACUCGAGAUUGCUGUGGCACGCAGAAUUGUGCGAACUGUGUGGACGUCAAUACAAAUUAUGCCAAAUUAGACGAUCUCCUAAAACAGGAACAGUCCGCUAAGCGAUAUAAAGAACAGCAACACUUUUACAUGAACGUCGAAACUGAAGCCAUCGUCCAUUCCGGCAGUUCCAGCAGCAAAGGCAUGUCCGGGAGAUCUUCGCCUUCUGAAGAUCGCUUGUCGAAGAACUCACCCACCAGUCCAAAGGGUCAAACUGUUCCAUCUCAUCAGAAUGAUUCAUCCGGCAAAGAGUCCCACUGCUACGAAAAUCUAAGUUCGCCUUUAGCACCUGAGAUGGCCAAGGACGAAGAGUCCAGAGGAGUUACGUAUGCACUUCUGGAUUUGCAUUCCAGUAGCAGCAAACAGUGCAAUGGCAUAAACAGUACGACUGUCUUGUCACCAGUUUCAACUUCGAACAGUGUUCACUCGCCCGUGUGUUCGCCUGCGAGGACCCCAGAAAGCUACGCUCAAAUUGACUUUGACAAGACGGUAGCUCUGUCCAAUUCGGUGAAUUCGUGCCCCUUCAAUGACGAUAGUAUGAGAAAGACAAGGCACAAUGCUGCGAUUCCUUGCCAUAGCAUGUCCGCCUAG